AUGUGUGCAGCAAAAGGUAGAUUUGAUUUAACUAAACAAUCAUCAUCAUCAUCAUCAUCAGAUAAUGGUGCUCAUGUAUCAUCAAUUAAAUGUUGCCUACCUGUGCGCUAUAUUGUUGCCCUAUUGGUUAUGUUUAGUACAGUCAAUCUGUAUAUGUGCCGCUAUAACAUGAGCAUAGCUAUUGUUGCAAUGUCUAGGCCAUCAUCAUCAUCAUCAUCAUCGGCAAACAAAUCAAGCACCGGGACCACAUCAUCAAUGGCCAGUGAUGUUUGCGAUACCAGCAGCAGCAGCAGCACUGGUAGUAGUAAUACAUCAUCACCAACAACACCAUCAUCUACCAGUGCUGACCAUACGAUAAUGUUGGGUGAAUUUGAUUGGGACGAUAAAACCCAGGGCAUGAUAUUGGGAUCAUUUUUCUAUGGCUACAUACUGUUCCUUGUGGUCGGCGGUCGACUAUCCGAACUGUUCGGUGCCAAAUGGCUGUGUUCGGCCGGUAUCGGUAUGUCCAUAGUGAUCAAUGCCCUGACACCGGUCAUAGCCCGAUCCAAUCAAUACUGGCUAUUGUUGGCCAGUCGUAUUUUGUUGGGUAUAUUCCAGAGUUUUGUAUUUCCAUCGACGUAUGCCCUGUUUUCUAAGUGGGCACCCGAUCAUGAGCGCAGCACAUGUCUAUCGCUACCGUAUAUCGGCGGCAACAUCGGCUCAAUUGCGUCGACCGCACUGUCCGGCUAUCUGGCCGAACACGGGUUUGCCGGCGGCUGGCCAUCGGUUUUCUAUGUUUCUGCAAUACUGGCCACUGUUUGGCUAAUCAUAUGGACAAUUGUAGUCAAAAGCGAACCCAACGAUCAUCCAUGGAUUACCCGUUCAGAGCUCCGGUAUAUUAAAUCAAAUAUUAGCGGCGGUGGUGCCAGUGGUGCCAGUGAUGGUACCAAACCACCAGUUCCCUGGCUUAGCAUAUUUUCAUCGGUACCAGGUAUGUUUAUGUUUGGCUUCUACUCGGGAGGUGACGUACCCAUAGUUGCCGAUAUGACUAACCGAUUUGCGGCCACUGUUUUCGCUAUCGGCAAUACAAUAGCAUUUAUAUGCGGUUUUGUAACACCGUUGACCAUCGGCUCGAUAGUGUCGGCCGGCGGUCCCGAUCACCCGCGACGCCAAUGGUCGUACGUAUUCUACAUAUCGGCGGCCAUCAACGUUGCCGGCGGUCUAGUAUUCAUUGUGUUUGCAUCGGCCAGACAACAACACUGGGAUCGGCAGCCACUACUGGUUGCGGUAACUGAGGCCAACAGUAGUCCCGUAACAGCUACCGACGGCACAGUGUCCACGAUUUAG